AUGGCGUCGUACAGACCAUUCCCUCCACCGCCACCUCAAUCAAAUUUUGGUCCGCCAAUACCUCCGCCACCCAAUCAGACUUCCCUCCCACCUCCCCAACUUGCCCCUGUACCCCAACCGAGAGGAAAUAUGUUUUCGCAGAAUUGGAGCUACCCUGCUUCGAGUUUUCAACCGGGUGUUUAUGCCGCCCUUCCUAGACCCCCUGUUCCAAAUCAGCAACAACACUAUUCAUCGUAUCCACCACCACCACCACCGCCACUGGAGUCCGCUUACCCACCACCACUACCUCCUCCUUCUCAGCCUCCACGACCAGGACAAAUGUACUUUCCAUCUUCUCAAAACCCCCUGCUUAAUAACCAGCCACCGCCACCGCCACCUUCCUCUCCACCCACUUCUUCAAUCCCUCCACCACCACCACCGCCCCAAUCACAACCACCAUCGCCUCCACCACCUCCUUCAUCAGUCCCCUCAACCAAUCAAACCAAGGAACAUAGACAAAGUGACCAUAAAGUGUCUUCCAAGCGUGAAUCACACCACAAGGUUCCUUCUAGAGAACAUGCCAAGCCUUCUGCUCUACCUCCAAUGCCAGCAAGAACAUCAAAGGCUGAGACAGAAGAAGAGAGGAGGAUACGCAAGAAAAGAGAAAUGGAGAAGCAAAGGCAAGAGGAAAAACAUAAGCAACAAUUGAAGGAAUCUCAAGAUAAAAUCCUUCAAAAAACUCGUAUCUUAUCAUCAUCUUCAAUCAAACCACAUGGCUCAAUUACUGGUUCACACAUAGGUGAAAGGAAAGCUACACCUUUUUUGAGUGGUGAAAGGGCUGAAAACCGAUUAAAGAAGCCAACAACAUUUCUCUGCAAAUUGAAGUUCCGAGAUGAGUUACCAGAUUCAACAGCUCAACCAAAGCUUCUGUCUUUAAGAAGAGACAAAGAUCGAGCUGCUAAAUAUGGCAUCACUUCAUUGGAAAACGCACACAAACCUCAAUUAUACGUUGAGCCAGAUCUUGGGAUACCUCUAGACCUACUUGAUCUCAGUGUAUACAAUGCUCCAAAGAAUGAAAUCCUACAUGUUGCCCCUGAGGAUGAAAAACUGUUGCAGGAGGAUGUUUCUGUAACUCCUAUCAAGAAAGAUGGAUUAAAAAGAAAGGAUCGCCCUACAGAUAAAGGGAUGUCUUGGUUAGUUAAGACACAAUACAUAUCCCCACUUACCACAGAUGCAACUAGACAGUCUUUGACAGAAAAACAAGCAAAAGAACGUGAAACACGUGGACGUAACAUGCUAGAUAGCAUGAAUAGCAGGGAAAGGAAAAUUCAAGAUAUUUUAUCUUCUUUCGAGGCAUGCAAAUCACAUCCUGUUCAUGCUACUAAUAAAAAGCUGCAGCCUGUUGAGAUUUUACCAUUAUUUCCUGAUUUUGAAAGGUGGGAUGAUAAGUUGGUUGUUGCAACUUUUGAUGGUGCUCCUACUGCCGAUUCAGAAAGCUAUAACAAAAUGGACAAAUCUGUACGAGAUGCUUAUGAAUCUCAGGCUGUUAUGAAAAGUUUUGUGGCAAACACCUCGGGUUCAGCUAAACCUGAUAAGUUUUUGGCUUAUAUGGUUCCUUCAGUUGGUGAGCUAUCGAAGGAUAUAUACGACGAAAACGAAGAUAUUUCUUACACAUGGGUUCGCGAAUAUCACUGGGAUGUUCGAGGUGAAGAUGCAGAUGAUCCCACAAAUUAUCUCGUGGCAUUUGAUGAAUCUGAGGCUCGUUAUAUGCCUUUGCCUACAAAACUGAUGCUAAGGAAAAAGAGAGCUAAGGAAGGAAAAACGAGUGAUGAGGUUGAACAUUUUCCUGUGCCAUCAACUGUGACUAUAAGGCAAAGAUCAACUGUUUCAAUAGACAUGAAAGAAUCUGAGAGUUAUGUUGGUUCAAAGGGGAGGAGUUUGAGCUCUUCGAGGCAUGAAAGAAGAAUAGAGAUGGAAGAUGAUGAUGAUAAUGGUGACAUGGAUCAAUCUAGUGGGGCUGAAUAUGAUAAUAUGUCUGAUUGAUAAUGAUGAUAUUCAAGAUGAAAUAAUUCACCCAAGUUUUUCUCAAAUCGAAGUACUUACACAAACAAGCUAGAGUUGUUUAGAAUUGGAUUAAGGAAUAUUUUUGUAGCAUAACAUAUUAUAUAUACCUAGUUGUUUGCCCAUUUUGUGUUGAAAAUUGCAAACAUUUAGUAAUGUUAAAAAAGGUGUACAUUAAGAUGUAGUUU